AAAGGGGUAAAAAAUGGGCUCUCUUUUGUUUGGGUCAAUAAGCUUUUUGUCUCUUAACAUCCUUUACAGAGUCCUUUGAAUUUCAGAACCACAUUUCGGGGGUAUUACGUUUAAGAAACUGCAGCAGAUUUUUUUUUUUCUUUCUUCAAUGAGCCUCGGGCUGAUAUAUGUGAAAGAAAACAUCCAAAGCUGCUAUGUUCAGGAGCUACGCUGGAGCACAGAUACAAAGUGCGCUGCGUAAGGCUCGACCAGCAUUGAAAGGCGCUUACACUACACUUGCGUGCGAUAACUCUGCCUCGAGACGGCAUCACGGGAAUUCCCAACGCGGCCUCAAGAAAGAUCAGGGCACUGGUGCUUGGAACGGUUUGGGAAUCCGGGCCGGUUGGCAAGAGGGAGGGUCACACGUUGCUCAGUUCAGGAAGACGUUCUCGUCAGUCAGCCUACCGAGGGUGGGGUGUGACAGCCGGAUUGGGAGAAGGAAGGAGAAUGAGGACCGCUGUGGUGCCGAGGAGCUGAGGGACGAUGUGCUGUAUUUUGCCGUCUAUGACGGACAUGGGGGAGCUUCAGCGGCAGAGUUCUGCUAUCAGCACAUGGCGGAGUAUAUCAGGUUGUGCUUAUCAAGAGAGGAGAACUUGGAAACGGUCCUAAGCCAAGCCUUUAUGCAGGUGGAUGAGGAGUUUGGGCAGCAGGUUUGCUCGCUGGGUGAUGAAGCUCUCCAGUUUUGUGGAACCACUGCUACUGUGGCCUUGUUACGUAAUGGAGCUGAGCUGGCUGUUGCCAGCGUAGGAGACAGCAGAGCCAUAUUGUGUCGGAAGGGAAAAGCAAAGAGACUCACUAUAGACCACACUCCAAACAGGAAGGAUGAAAUGGAAAGGAUUAAGAAAGCUGGUGGUUUUAUUGCCUGGAAUAGUCUGGGACAACCUUUUGUGAACGGCAGGCUUGCCAUGACUCGCAGCAUAGGUGACUUGGCCCUAAAGGCCACCGGAGUCAUUGCUGAACCAGAAACCAGAAAAAUCAUGGUGAGGCAUGGAGAGGAUGGCUUCCUGGUUUUAACCACGGAUGGAAUUAACUUCAUCCUGAGCAGCCAGGAGAUCUGUGACAUCGUUAGCCAGUGCCAGAGCGCAGUUGAAGCUGCUCAGGUUAUCACAGAGAGGGCUCAGGAGUGCGGGACAGAAGAUAACAGUACAGCAAUUGUCAUUCCUUUUGGAGCCUGGGGGAAACACAAACACACAGACAGGAGCUAUUCUUUGAGCCGCAACAUUGCCUCCAGUGGGAGAUGGGCAUAGGAGGCAAAGGAGCCGUCGACUGUGAUCUCCAUUGUCCCCAAAACAACCUCAAGUCUACCAUGAGAGGGAGCUGCAGCAUAGAGAUGGCUCUCCAGAGGGCGAUUAAUCGUAACGUUGAUGUCAAGGCUGGGAUCAGGACACCGGCUCACAGACCGGGGUUACAAUACAAUACAACUUGCACUACAUAGACACCGUCGCAUCAGGAGGACGUGUCAAAACCACUGAAAUUGGGUUCCAGUGAGCACCCCCACCCCCCAAAAAAAAGACAAUUUUAAAAAAGCUCACAGAGGGUAAUCGUAGAACGACCAACUUUCUCAUCAAAACAUUUUCACAGUAAAG